AUGAUUAUAUUUCAUUCUCUGAGUAGAAGUUCCAGAACAAAGUUUCUUUUUUUUUUGAUAUCUAUUUUUGCUUGUUCAGUUUCACUACUAUACUUUGAAUAUUCUGGAAAUUCCCAACUUAAAAUAUUUGGAGACACCUUACAAUUGGCAGUUAAAAGCACAUCAAAUGUUCAUGCUUCAGAACUUUACAUGUCAUUUUUUGCUUUGGUUUCCUACAAGCUGAUAAUUGUAUUUUUAAAGUCGAUAUCUUCAUAUUUAUCUAAAAAGAGCAUUUUCUUUUGGAGACUGCAAAUAACUGAGCAUUUUUUAAAGAAUUGGGAGAAAAUUUACUUAAUUGAAGGGGCUUCUCAGAGAAUUCAGGAAGAUACUAUGAGAUACUGCAGACUUUUUGAGAAGUUGUUGAUUUUUGUUAUACAGGAUUUUUUCAAGCUUAUUAUUUACUUACCUUUAUUACUUGAAUUAGGCAAGCAUAUAACCAAAACAUGGCUGAUACCCAAUACAAAACAUAUAUUACUUAUUUUGAUUAUAGUCAACUCUAUAAUUGGAACUUCCAUUAUUAUUUUCCCAAGUAGAUACUUGUCUAGGCUCGUGUAUAAAAUUGAUAAAGAAGAAGCUUUAUUUAGAAAGAAUCUGGUUUUAUAUGAGCUCGAAGAAAAGGAUUUUUCUAAGUUUGAUUUUAUUGGGAAUUAUAGAGAUGUGGAUAAUACUCAUAAAAGAUACUACAAAAGGUUCUAUGUAAUUAAGGUCAUUCAGUUAAUAUACUUCCGUUUAUCAAUGAUUACUUAUUGGUUAUUUGCCCAUCCUUCAAUGAAACCUCCUUAUACUUUGGGUUUGCUUAAACAGACAAUGCAUGCAUUUGAUGAAGUUUCAUCGGUGUUUAAUUUUGCAGUUACACAUUUUAAGAGUUUAGUAGAGUUCAUCGCAGUUUAUUCGAGAUUAAAUUUAAUGGUUAAGCAAACUAUAAAGGAUAAAGAAUCAGAAUAA